UGGUAUUACUUUACGCCACUUUACGCUACUUUACGCUACUAUACGCCAUUUUACGUAUUUUAGGCACACCGUGAAUCCGAUGCGAUGGGAACAAUAUUUAAACCGUUAAACAUGAACAGUAAGGAGUGUAGUAGAACAUGUAUCAACAUUUUGGUGCGAAUGUUUUCUACCCAUGACACUCUACUUGGUAUGCAUGGACAAAAUUUUAAAGACCAUCAAAAAAAUUUGAUGUCAAAAGGAUUGCCGAAGAAAGCCACCAUAGAUGGGGUUAAGAAGGUUGUUGUUGUUGCUUCAGGCAAAGGUGGUGUUGGUAAAUCAACUACAUCAGUUAAUUUGGCUCUUGCAAUGGCAGCUAACAAACCAAGUGCCCAUGUAGGAUUACUGGAUGCAGAUGUGUAUGGUCCUUCCUUACCAACCAUGAUGAACCUCAAAGGAGAGCCACAUGUCAAUGAAAAAAAUCAGAUGAUUCCUUUAGUUAAUUUUGGAAUAAAAUGCAUGUCAAUGGGAUUUUUGGUUGAUGAGAAGUCCCCAAUAGUUUGGCGUGGUCCUAUGGUAAUGGGGGCAGUACAAAGAUUACUUAGGCAUGUUGCUUGGGGCCCAUUAGACUACCUGUUUGUUGAUAUGCCUCCAGGGACUGGAGACACCCAAUUAUCUUUGUCACAGAAUAUACCCAUUGAUGGUGCUGUAAUAGUCUCCACACCACAAGAUAUUGCCUUGUUGGAUGCUAGAAGAGGAGCAGAGAUGUUCUAUAAAGUUAAUGUUCCUGUCCUAGGCAUGGUACAAAAUAUGAGCGUUUAUGUCUGUCCUAAAUGUGGUCAUAUGGAGCAUGUGUUUGGGGAAGAUGGAGCACACAAAUUGGCUGAAGAAAUGAAAAUAGAUUUACUUGGUGAUGUGCCAUUGAACAGAAUUAUCAGAGAGACAAGUGAUACAGGUAGACCUAUAGUGAUAUCUCAGCCAGAUUCUCCACAGGCUGAUGUUUAUAGAUGUAUUGCUGCAAAAAUUGCUGAAAAAUUAAAUGAGACUGAAAAUACCUGAAACAUUAUCUACCAUUGAAUUACAUAGCAGGCACUGACUUCCAAGGAAACCAUUUAUUUUGUAUAGCAACCAAUGACUUCUUAUGUAACUGUUGUUUUCCCUUAGCAAUAGCAACCAGUCUGCACUAUUUCAGAUAUAAAUAUGAACUUUG